AUGGCCCUCACGUGGAUUGGUCCAGCAACUCUGUCUCGUCUUGGAGUGGAGGCUGCUGAUUUGAAGGGGGUCCCGGUGGAGUACCACGACCUGUGCCAGGGAGCCAAGGUCUUCACCAAGCUAGAUCUUCGGAAUGCCUAUCACCUGAAGUGCGUCUUCCAUGCCCAGUUGGUUCCGUUCCUGGGGUUCGUUGUUUCUGCGGGGGAGAUCAAAGCGGACCCCUGUAAGGUAAGGGCCAUUGCCAAAUGGCCAGCUCCUGACUCUCGUAAAGCUCUGCAGCGGUUCCUGGGGUUUGCCAACUUCUAUCGGCGGUUCAUCCGGAACUUUGGUCAGAUUGCUGCACCUUUAACGGCACUCACCUCUCCCAAGACACUGAACGUCAAUUCAUUGUUGAGGUGGAUGCCUCAGAUGUCGGUGUGGGCGCGGUCCAAUCUCAGCGGUCACACGAGGAUGGAACCCGAAGCUGCGGUCCCGUCUGCUUUGGCUUUUGUCCGACAGUGUCGACGCACCUGGAAGAAAGCUAAGGCGGCCUUGGCCCAGGCUAAUAGGCAGACCAAAGCAGCGGCCAAUCGUCACCGGACUCCUGCACCCCGCUAUAUGUGUGGUCAAAGGGUAUGGCUUUCCACCAAGGACCUGCCUCUCAGGGUAGCCUCACGUAAGUUGGCACCCAGGUUCAUUGGCCCAUACCGGAUCACCAAGGUCCUGAGUCCGGCAGCGGUGCAGCUCAAGCUCCCUACCACGCUUGGUCGGGUGCACCCUGUUUUCCAUGUUUCCAGGGUUAAACCUGUGUUCCAUUCCCAUCUUGUUCCAUCAGCCCCAACCCCCCCCUCCCCCCCAUCUAGUGGAUGGCUCCCCGGUCUAUACGGUGCGGAAGUUGCUAGAUGUCCGACAUAGGGGUCGGGGCUUUCAAUAUCUUGUG